AUGGGCUUUUGCGGGGGCCCAUUGGGGCCCAUCGUGGGCCUGAUGGUUGGGCUUGGGCCUGAAAUCCGGGCCAUCAGCCCACAGUGGCGAGACUACACCAAGAUUGAACUUCAAUUUUCCCCAAGUCCUCCAGAGAGCAUUUUCAAGCCUAACGCCCUUAUCGAACGCUUUCUUUCUGGUGACCAUAUAACGCCAAGAGGCCCAAAUAUCCACCUCCUUCCACUCAUGGGAGAGAUAAUCGACGUGUCUCGACGGCUCAUCCUCAAUUAA